AUGGCGAUGGCUGUCGAACAGCCAAGCGGCGACUCCCUUGCGGCCGGGAUGGUCAACUCUGCGUCCAUCACACCGCCGCAUAGUGCCAACGGGAAGAAGGAUGUCCCCGAAGGUAUACCCUCGGAGUUCUCUGAUCUUGAGCUGGACAACAAGUCAGCUUCUGUGCAAGUUGAAAUUGCAAUCAAGAAGGAGGAAGAAGAAGAAGAAGAGGAAGAAGUCGAGCCCGAUCAUUACUAUGGUGGUGGAAAGAUUCCAGUCUUCAAGCCUACCAUGGAUCAAUUCCGUGACUUCCAAGCCUACAUCAACAAAAUUGAUAAGUAUGGAAUGAAAUCAGGAAUUGUCAAGGUGGUUCCUCCCAAAGAAUGGAUCGACGCCCAAAAGCCGCUGGACGACCAAGUAAAAUCGAUUCGCGUUAAAAACCCUAUCAUGCAAGAAUUCCAUGGAUCGCACGGUACCUACACUCAGGCCAAUAUUGAGCGACAACGAAGUUACAACCUGCCUCAAUGGAAGGGUCUCUGUGAGGAAAGCAGUCACCAACCACCAGCUCGUCGUGGAGAGAGGCGCCGCAAUCAGGAGCGAGUAAAUAAAGUGACGCCCACUCCUCGACCUCAGCCUGCUUCACGUCCUGAAGGCCAGAAACGCAAACCCGGUCGACCUCCCAAGCGUACCAAUCAAGUCAAAAUCAAAGAAGAGCCAAUAGACGAAACAGAGAACGCUAAAUCCGAAGGUCCUCCCACGCCUGUAUCACCCGAGUCUCACCCCGUUGAGGCUAAAAGUGAAGAUUUGAGUGACGGAGAACCUCUGCCGGCUGCCAAGCCCAAGGGACGACAGCCCAAGUCCGUCACCUCGCGUCGGAAAAACAACCGCGGAGAGACAGUGGAUCACAUUGACGAAACAGUUUUUGAAAGUUUUGAUUACCGCAUUCAUGAUAACGAAGAUUACACUGCCGAAAGAUGCGAAGAGCUAGAGACCGCAUAUUGGAAGUCGCUCAUGUACAACAACCCUAUGUACGGUGCAGAUAUGCCUGGCUCGCUUUUUGAUGAAUCAACCGAUGUAUGGAAUGUUGCCAAAUUACCGAACUUGCUCGAUGUUCUCGGACAGAAAGUACCAGGAGUUAAUACGGCCUACCUCUACUUGGGAAUGUGGAAGGCCACUUUUGCAUGGCAUUUGGAGGAUGUCGAUCUUUACAGUAUCAACUAUAUCCACUUCGGUGCACCGAAACAGUGGUAUAGUAUCUCUCAGGAGGAUGCACCACGAUUUGAAGCGGCGAUGCGGAGUAUUUGGUCCAGCGAUGCCAAGAGUUGUGAUCAAUUUCUACGCCAUAAGACCUAUCUGGUCUCGCCCAGCCUGCUCAAAUCCCAAUAUGGAAUCACUGUGAAUCGGUUAGUCCAUUACGAAGGGGAAUUCGUCAUCACCUUCCCUUAUGGAUACCACUCUGGCUACAAUAUUGGAUACAACUGCGCCGAGUCCGUCAAUUUCGCAACCGAAAGAUGGAUGGAUUAUGGCCGUAUUGCCAAGAAAUGUAAUUGUGAGGCCGACAGUGUCUGGAUCGAUGUGGAUGAGAUCGAACGCAAACUGCGCGGCGAGGCCACCCCCGAGUACUAUGGCGACUACGACAGCGAGCUCGAAGGAUUUGAAGGUGCCUCAGAUCUUCUGACUCCUCCACGCAGCGUACCAGAGAAAACCUCCAAUCGUGGCCGAAAGAGGAAGCUUCCGGGUGACGGGCCGCGAACCAAGCGUCCAAAGCUCCACCCUGAUGGCCCGCGUAAGCUCCCGUGCCUUCUAUGUCCUAAUCAUCUUGACUACGAGGACCUUUUGCCCACUGAAGAUGGCAAGGGACAUGCACAUCGGCGGUGUGCUGGGUUCAUUGAAGAAACCAGCAUCCUUCGCGACGCUUCCGGUAACGAAGUUGUGUGCGACAUUGACAAGAUCCCCAAGGCUCGUCUGGGUCUAAAGUGCCUGUUCUGUCGUGAGGUUCAUGGUGCUUGCUUCCAGUGCAACUAUGGAAAGUGUACUCGGGCAUAUCAUGCAACCUGUGCACUUCUAGCGGGCGUUCAAGUCGAACGUGGUGCUCUUGCUGUCAUUGCCGAUGAUGGUAACCAGUAUGCGCUGCCUACCGUGGACCUCAAGUGCAAAUUCCACCGACAAAAGCGACCAACUGGUUUGCUUGGAGAGUCGUCUGACCUUGAUCGUCGUUUGAUUGAAGCGGCUCGUCGUCAAGUCCAGGGCGAUUUGAUCCAGUUCCAGGCUGAUAAGGAGAUUAAUGGUGCCAUUGUGCUCCAAAAUCGACCCGAGGAACGAACUUUGUUGGUAAAGGUUCUCCCAAGAGGAGAUCUCAUCGAAAUGCCAUACCGCUGGAUGCUGGUGGUGCGCAAGAGCAACUUUGUGCCCCUCGCAGUGGGAAUCCAAGCCCUGCCGGCCCACUUGGCGCGAAAGCCGGAACAACGAAAGGAUUUGGAGGCAGCGGUUCCGGUCGCAGGCACUGCCUUUGGAGACGGACAAUCCCCUUACCAGUGGGCCGAAUUUGAAACGGUAGAUGCAACUAGAAACCAAUUUGCCCCACCGGUGAAGGUUCACCUGGGCGAAGCAGAGCAGGUGUGGCAUUACCUGGGCACUCAUUCCACUGAGAGUAGGGCACAGUAUACGCACAACCCUAGCGUGCCCAUCCACAACCCGCGGGCCAAUUUCCUGGACAGCGUCAAGUCGCUUGGUGUGGCUGGUGUCAGUGCUCGUGCAUUGAAGAUCUCACCCCACCAUUCUUCCCAUGCUGCCACCGCCCCUGCCCCUCCUUACAAGGAAAAUCUUUACGCCCAACACCGACCGCAAAUACAAUAUAAACACGAACCUCUAUCACCCGCGAACCAAACCCCUCACCAUCAAUCCCGACCGCCCACCUCUGCCGCCUCCCUGCAGCACCUUGCCCCUCCCCCUCACCCUGCCCCUGCCGCCGGUGCUGCUGCUGCUGGUCCUGCGAUGCCGUCGGCUUUUCGAACUUUGCCGAAUCAAUCCGCCCGACAUGCCCCCUACCCAUCGGUCACCAAGUCGCACGUUCAGCAGCAGCACCACCUCCCCGCCACUAAUACCUUUGCCAACGUUCGAGAGCUUAUCGCCCGUCGGCGUCUUGCCCAGAUCACCGAUCAUGCCAAUGUAUUUGCCGGAUAUACGAUCGUUAGUCCCGAGUUGGUAGUAGAAACUCUGCUUGGUCCUAUGGGCUCGAUUCCUCCUGCCAAUGGACUCGAGAAACUUGAGUUAGCCAUGGCCCAGCAGAGGGUGCAACCGAGGGCGGCCGAUGGCACUUUGCUUCCCCCUCAAACCUUGAACAUGAGGUCUGAGGAGGUGACGCGGCUCUUAAAUAUGCUCCGGUUCUCGUUGGUGAGUCAUCGUGAGCGGUUAGACGUGAUUCAAAAGAAGGAAUCCGAGGGUGUCAAGCUGGAGACCAUCGAUCGAGGCAGUAUUGCCGCGGCUAAAAUGCCUGGUAAAUAUGCCUUCCUCGACCAGCAACGGGCAUUGGCCCCCAACGUAUACCAAUCUCCGUACAACAUGCCGUCGGGCGUGUCAGAGUAUGCCAAGACCACCUACGGACUAAUCCCAUCCCCGGAGGAGCCACCCAAAGCGUCUCUGGCGAAUGAUUAUUUUGCUAGUCUCUCUCCAGAGCUUCAAGAGAAGAUCAUGAAGACCUGUGGUAGCUUUGUGCAACGUGCCAUAGAACGUUCUGCCAGUCAUAGCCGACAAAGCUCCGCAUCGAAUCUUCGAUUAUCGUCCGUGCUUGCCCAGCAAACGGAGAAUCCCACGAUCGACAUUACACCCGUCGACGAUCCUCCGCUUACUGGCUUAGAUAUGCCUCUUCAUGCCGACUCGCCGUGCUCCAGUUUUGGCCGGUCGCAUCUGCGGCUUCAAUCGCCAAAUGAGUUCCCCAUUCACGGCCCUGAUCCCCAUCCCGAUCAUCAUGAUCUGUUCGGAGAUCAACAAGCGAAUACCCGCUUCUGGCAAAAUGGACCAUGGGUCGCUAGCGAUGGCAAUACUCCCAAUGAAGAGAAUCGACCUUUCUUUGGCCCUCAUGAGCGACUUAAGCAUGACUACGCAUCUUCUGAUAUCUCUUUGGGCAAGGGGCCGGGCUCUUUACAUUCUGUUGACAUGGCCGGUUUUGGCUUUGACGGUCCUGAUGAUCUCAUCGGCGGACUCAGCCCAUAA